AUGUUUUAUUUCCCUAGUGUCCCUAAAACCAUUAAUCCUGUACCUUUUCUGUGUUUUCUGAUCAUCCUCCUUUGUCACCUUGCUGAUGCCGCCCCUCCAUAUUGGAAAUGCUCAAAUGUUAGUUAUACAGAUAACAGUCGGUUUCAUAAAAACCUAGGCGAUCUUCUCAUUUCUUUACCUUCGAAUGCUUCUGUUUCCAAGUAUUACAAUACGUCCACUGGAAAUGAUCCUGACAGAGUAUAUGGCCUCUAUAUGUGCUUUGACUAUGUUGCGAAUGAAAUGUGUCGGCGCUGCAUAAACACCGCGCAAUCAGACAUGCUGAUGCUUUGUCCACACUCAAAAGAAGCGGUUGUGUGGGAGGAUUCCUGCCUAUUGCGCUACUCCAAUGAGAAUUUCUUCGGCAGAUUGAAUGUAAGAGACAACAUCGCCGACGAGAAUUCACAGAAUAUUUCAGACCCGAAAAAGUUUGAGUCUGUUUUGAAUGAGACGUUGAAUCGCCUCGCUAAGCAAGCGGCUUAUAAUCUCUCUGCAGCUGAGAUGCAUGCUACUGAAGAAGUAGCUUUUGAAGAUAAACUGAUAUAUGCUUUUGUGCAGUGCACUACCGACUUAUCUAGAGAUGACUGUGAUAAAUGCCUUUUGAGAGCCAAAGAAGACGUUUUAGCAUUGUAUUAUUUCUCCGUUGGUGCAAGACUUAUGAGUCGUAGUUGCUAUCUGAGGUUUGAGUUAUAUGCCUUCUAUACUGCCGGAGCAUCCGAAGCUUCUGCACCUCGCUCUCCAAAUAAGAAUGGAAGAAAUUAUCGAAAAGCACAGGACCCCUAUAUCAGUUUGGCAGCUAUACAUGCAGCUACUUCCAACUUCUCUGAUUCAAAUAAGCUUGGAGAAGGUGGUUUUGGUCCUGUUUACAAGGGUAUACUAAAUGAUGGAAGGGAAGUGGCAAUCAAAAGGCUUUCGAGCUUGUCCGAGCAAGGUUUAGAGGAAUUCACAAAUGAAGUUCUACUGAUAAUGAAACUUCAGCACAAAAAUCUUGUCCGGCUUUGUGGUUUUUGCGUAGACGGAGAGGAGAAGCUCCUUGCAUAUGAAUUUAUGCCAAAUAGCAGCCUAGAUGUCAUCCUCUUUGAUUCAAAGAAACGUGCACGACUUGAUUGGAGCCGGCGCAUAAGCAUUAUCAGUGGGAUUGCAAGGGGGAUUCUUUAUUUGCAUGAAGACUCUCGACUUAGAAUCAUCCAUAGAGACCUUAAAGCUAGCAAUAUAUUAUUAGACAAUGAAAUGAAUCCAAAUAUCUCAGACUUUGGCAUGGCAAGGAUCUUUGUAGGAAGUGAAGGAGAAGCUAAUACUGCUACAAUAGUUGGCACUUAUGGAUAUAUGGCUCCAGAAUACGCAAUGGAGGGACUAUACUCCGUGAAGUCCGAUGUUUUUGCCUUUGGAGUACUCUUGAUUGAGAUCAUAACUGGGAGAAGGAACGCUGGCUUUCAUCUGAUAAGACGCGUUCCUAGCCUCAUAGCAUAUGCAUGGCAAUUAUGGAAUGAAGGAAACGGGCUAGAGCUGAUGGAUCCGUUACUGGUUGAUUCAUGUGACGCCGAUGAAUUUUUAAGAUAUCUCCAUAUUGGAUUGUUGUGUGUUCAAGAAGAUGCGGAUGACAGGCCAACCAUGUCUUAUGUUGUUGUCAUGUUGAAAAGUGAAACAGUAACUCUUAGCCCACCUGAAAAACCUGCUUUCUCUACAGGAAGGUUUGCUGAUCAUUGUGAGAUGAGGGCUGAUCAUAUUAUCUCAAUCAAUGAACAAUCAGUUUCUGAUGUUGUGCCACGGUAA